CGACGUUCGACUCGACCAACGGCCUGCCCGGCGACGUGCCCGAAUUGCGGCCCCGAUGAUGCUGCGAGGGCUGUCGCACGGCGCUGUCUUCGCCCCAGCUCCGUCCCUCCCGCUCUGUUGGCGCGUUCUCCGCCUCACAGCAGCCCCAGGCAACACAUCGCUCUCGACGCUCCAGCAAACAAGUACGGCCUGGAGAUCGUGGCCUGAUGUGACACGACUUCGUCGCCCAACUUUCGUCCCGUCGCUCUUCUCUCUUCCCGUCACAAGAUCCGCUCCCUCUCUCCGUCUCUCCCCGCGUGCGUUGCCUCGGUCGCGCCGGUUUUGUUGUUGCUUAUUUCGUCACUACCCACGCCCUGGACAAGCCGGACCCUCCUCCAAUCUGGUGAACAGGACAUCCCAGCCAAAACCUGUCGCAGACAAAUCAACAAAAAAGGCAAAUAAGAGCCAUGCCAGAAUCCGAGCCAUCAGGUCUUCUUCGCUUGAAGCGCACGGAUGACCAUGAUUCCAUCGUCGUCGUGCUGAUGUACAGGACCGGAGCGAAUGCUCUCGACCUUGAGCUUGUCGCCUCGGAGGGCGAAAGUGCCUGGGCUGCCACAUUCCAGGAAAACGGGGUCAGAAAAUUCAAGGCUGCCAGCAGUCCAGCCUCGGAUGCGACGUGGGAUGCCACAUUGAGGGCUGCAUUGCUUCUGGAAGAACCAGCAGGCGAGCUAGCACCGGAACUAGAGGGUCUCGAGGCCGUGUGUACUAUUGCCAAGGAGGGCUAUAUGAGCUUGAUCAUCCGACGAAACAUUGGUGAACUUACUCAACGGCUUGGCACAAUCACUCUUGAACCAACCAGUGAUGACAAGUUUGACCUGUGGGCAGGCUGUGCUGCUGGUGCACAGCUUAUUGCUGACACCAGAAAGCAUGCCAACGAACUUGCACGUAAGCUCGAACAGCAGAGAGCGGCCAAUCGCAAGCUCCAGGAACAAUUGCAAGACUUGAUGCAAGCCAAAGAAGCGCACGAAGAGGCCCUCUUGCACAAGUUUGCAGAGCUGAUCAACGCGAAGAAGCUGAAAAUCAGAGAUCAGCAGCGUUUGUUGGCAACCGCCAAGGUCGAUCCUAAGAAAGUAAACAAGGUACAAGGUAGAAAAGGAUCCAGAAUUCCCGAGAAAUCGCGCAUCUCAAAACGAAAGGUCGCUGCCAUGAUUUCUACUGAAGAGGAUUCGUCAGAAGGCUUUGAAAAUGCUUCAGAUCGAGAAGAAUCCAUGCCGGAUGUGUCCACUCCCGAGCCACUAGAGGAUCAAGACGACACAGAAGAUGAUGAGGAUAAUGCCGACGCAGCUUCAGCCUCGUCUUUCGACAUAAAUCAGGGCGUUGGACGAGGUCUUACCAUCCCCCCAAAUGUAAUAGCACUGGAGCCAUCGAAGCUCAGCCAUACGGCGCAGAAUUCGGCGCUACGUAGCUCGCAGGAGUCCAAGCAGAGUGAAAGACCCCCACCGCGGCGAGAAUUGCCAUUUGCAAGAAGUAGAGCCGCACUUGAGGCUGACACAAAGCUUUCGCAAGAGCCGGCACGAUUACAGACACAUCUGACGUCGGCCGCGGCCAACUUGGAUGACGAUGAUACCACCGAUGACGAAUUAUGAAAGUCGACGAAAUGGGCUUCAAGCAUAUCAUGAUCAAGCAUCUGCUGCUAUCACUUGCCAUCCCUGAACUUCUGGCUUCCUGCCCAGUAGACACAACCUGUAAUCGUGCUAAGGCUUUGUUGGCCUUCUCCAGUCCGAAGAGCUGUCGAAUCAUCCGUGCCUUGUUGCCGCCAUCAAUGUCUUGGGCCUUAUCGGCUUUUUCAAGUCAGGUUUUUGCUUCACCGGCUUUUGUUCACUGCAAGUUGUGACUCUCUUGCUCUUUCCGCCAGUUCAUAAACCUGAAUCCCAAGGCCCUUUCGCGGGUGUUGUAGCUGUCAUUGCCUGCUUGUUCGUUGUCUGCCACCAGCGUAUUUGUUGAUUGCAUGAAGUUGAAUUCAUCGCCGAGGAGCGUUGCAACAUCCCAAUAUCUCGGACGCCGAACGCUCAUACCUGCUGCCAAUUUGUCCAAUGAGCUCAAGUGAUGAAUGCGUAGGAUAGCUUGUUCCACUGAUUCCGGUAGCAAAAAGGGGGAACUUUCUGUUAGUUUGGUGAUCUACAGUGAUGGUCAUGAUGAUGAUGAUGAUGAUGAUCAAGAUAUUUGUCAUUCGCUUCGUUCUCUGCAUACAAAGUGUAUUGAUAAGGAAUAUUCCCAUACUCCAAUCAGUGACUUGUGCGUUGUUGAAGGUUGACUCCCGCGACAGACAGACAUUUGAACGUACCAUUCCUGGUCGCUAUGUUUGGAGCAAAUAAGUCUCGAGAUAGCUAGAAACAUAGGCUUUGG